AUGAAGGUCGGGCUUGCCGGAUGGUGGCAAACGCAGUCGACGCCUGCGAUCCCCCGCGCGACGCUGAACGCUGCGGCGGACCUCGGCGGGAAGACGGUGCUGGUGCUCGGCGCGAAUGCGGGGCUCGGGCUCGAGGCGGCGGCGAACUUCGCGCGGCUGGUGCCGGCCCCCGGGCGGAUCAUACUGGCCUGUCGGAGCGCGGAGCGGGGCGAGAAGGCGCUUGCGCAUGUCAAGACGACGACGGGGUAUGAGGGAAAGCUGGAGGUGUGGCAGGUCGACCUGUGCGAGCUCGCGUCGGUCGUGCGCUUUGCGGACCGCUUCGAUGCGGACGGCGGGCGGCUAGACGUGCUUGUCGCGAAUGCGGCGAUCAUGCCGCAGGUAUACCACGCUACGAAAGACGGCUUCGAGGAGAGUCUGCAGGUCGCGGCCAUCGCAACGCCACACGUGAUCCUGCGGCUGCUCCCUGCGAUGCUCCGCACGGCGGCGGAGCACAAGACACUCCCCCGUAUUGUUGUUGUCUCGAGCGACGGACAUUACUGGGCGCAGAUCGACGAGCGCGUGUGGGACGCCCCCGGGCCGGACGCCGGCAUCCUCCGCACACUCGGCAGCGCGGCGUACUGCGCACAGAAGGGCGCGAUCUUCGCGCGGUACAGCAUCACCAAGCUGCUCAACGUGUUCUUCAUGCGCGCGCUCGCGGCCCGCCUCCCGGCCGACCCCGGCUCCGGGCCGGUGCCGCGCGUCGUCGUGAACGCGGUGCACCCGGGGAUGUGCAUCACGGACAUCUUCGCCAAGUUUCCGCUCCCGGUGCGCGCGCUGAUCCGCGGCGCGCAGCGCCUCGUCGCGUACACCGCGGACGAGGGCGCGCGCUUCCUCGUCUGGGCCGCCGUCGGCGACGCGGCCGCGCUCCGCGGGCAGUACAUCGGCGGCGGCCGCCCGCAGGAGUCGAGCGACUUUGUGCUCAGCGAGCGCGGGCAGCGCGCGCAGGAGAGCCUGUGGGCCGAGGUGCUUGACAUUCUGGGGGAUGUGGACCCGAAGGUGCUGAGUAUUGUGCGAGAGUACCUGGAGGAGCCGAAGCAGCACGCAUAG